AUGAGGGAGAUCGUGCAUAUCCAGGCGGGGCAGUGUGGAAAUCAGAUCGGCACUAAGUUUUGGGAAGUAAUCAGCGAUGAACACGGAAUUGACCCGGCCGGAGGCUACGUGGGUGACUCUGCGCUGCAGCUGGAGAGGAUCAGCGUCUACUACAAUGAGUCAUCGUCUCAGAAGUAUGUACCCAGAGCCAUCCUUGUGGAUUUGGAGCCAGGAACCAUGGACAGUGUGAGGUCCGGGCCUUUUGGUCAGCUCUUCAGACCAGACAACUUUAUAUUCGGUCAAACUGGUGCAGGAAACAACUGGGCGAAGGGGCACUACACAGAAGGAGCCGAGUUGGUGGAUUCAGUGCUUGAUGUAGUGAGAAAAGAGUGUGAGCACUGUGACUGCCUGCAAGGGUUUCAGCUCACCCAUUCCCUAGGGGGAGGAACAGGGUCUGGCAUGGGCACCCUGCUCAUUAGCAAGAUCCGAGAGGAGUAUCCUGAUAGAAUCAUGAAUACCUUCAGUGUCAUGCCUUCCCCUAAAGUCUCUGACACUGUGGUGGAGCCCUAUAAUGCCACCCUGUCCGUUCACCAGCUGGUUGAGAACACAGAUGAAACCUACUGCAUCGAUAAUGAGGCACUGUAUGACAUUUGCUUCCGUACCCUGAAGCUAACUACCCCCACCUAUGGAGACCUGAACCACCUGGUGUCUGCCACCAUGAGUGGCGUCACCACCUCCUUGCGCUUCCCAGGCCAGCUCAAUGCUGACCUCCGCAAACUGGCCGUGAACAUGGUCCCUUUCCCUCGCCUCCACUUCUUCAUGCCUGGCUUUGCUCCCCUGACAGCCAGAGGCAGUCAACAGUACCGGGCCCUGACGGUGCCAGAACUGACUCAGCAAAUGUUUGAUGCCAAGAAUAUGAUGGCGGCCUGUGACCCAAGACAUGGGCGCUACCUCACUGUGGCCACUGUCUUUCGGGGUCCUAUGUCCAUGAAGGAGGUAGAUGAGCAGAUGCUGGCCAUCCAGAACAAGAACAGCAGCUACUUUGUGGAGUGGAUCCCCAACAACGUCAAGGUAGCCGUGUGUGACAUCCCACCCCGGGGCCUCAAGAUGGCUUCCACCUUCAUCGGCAAUAGCACGGCCAUCCAAGAGCUGUUCAAGCGCAUCUCUGAGCAGUUCUCAGCCAUGUUCCGGCGCAAGGCCUUUUUGCACUGGUUCACUGGAGAGGGCAUGGAUGAGAUGGAAUUCACUGAGGCUGAGAGCAACAUGAAUGACCUGGUGUCAGAAUACCAGCAGUAUCAAGAAGCUACAGUUAAUGAUGGAGAAGAAACUUUUGAGGAUGAUGAAGAAGAGAUCAAUGAAUAG